ACGUCAGCAUACUGCCACAGAUCCAGCAGCACUGCAGAUCUCUCUGUGUGCUGCUAUUCUUCCUAUGAGGGUGAAAGACAGGAGGAGGAGUGGGAGUGAGUGAGUGAGAGAAGCGUCUGGCAGCCAUCCCAGUCAAACAGUAAUGCAGAGUAAAGGGGGAGAUAGCAGUCUUUUCACUGAGCCUCAGAACAGGAUACAGCACUGCGGCCCGGGAGCCCUCCCUUUGUGUGCCAGUGGGCGUGUGAUCUCACCGCUGAGAGGAGGGGCCCCCUUUCCCCUGUCUGGCCAAUCCUUGAGCUCGGUGACUAGGUCACGUGAGAAUCCCUCUUUCGGGUUGCCAUGACAAUGUGCACUGGUCCAGACAGCAUCUUACUGUGGUGAGAAGGGAAGAGAAGAGGAGGGAGGAUAGACAGAGGGCGGGAGAGCAAGAGAACAAACCCCAGACACCUAUGCUGCGCACCUUUCCUCUAAUGAGGAUGCCUGAGACGGGGAGAUAGACUUCACCGGAGCAGAGUGUGUGCUAGAGCCAGGGGCUGGGCCCUGACCAGAGACCCCCAGAGGCCCCCAACUGGGGGGGGGAGGUCCAUGGGGACCAUGGGGGACCUGGGAGGCUUCACCACCACAGGGGAGAGGGUGAACCCGGCCCACAUCCUGUUUGACCGCUUCGUCCAGGCCUCCACUUGCAAGGUCACGCUCAAGGCCUUCCAGGAGCUCUGUGACCAUCUGGAGCUCAAGCCCUGUGAGUACCGGGUCUUCUACCACAAGCUUAAGUCCCGUCUCAACUACUGGAAGGCCAAGGCACUCUGGGCUAAGCUUGACAAGCGGGCCGGCCAGAAGGAGUACAAGAAAGGACGUGCAUGCACCAACUCUAAGUGUUUGAUCAUCGGGGCAGGACCAUGUGGCCUGCGGACGGCCAUCGAGCUGGGCUUCCUGGGCGCCAAGGUGGUGCUGCUGGAGAAGAGGGAUGCCUUCUCCAGGAACAACGUGCUGCACCUGUGGCCCUUCACCAUCCAGGACCUCCGAGGCCUCGGGGCCAAAAAGUUCUACGGAAAGUUCUGUGCCGGAGCCAUCGACCAUAUCAGUAUCCGGCAGCUCCAGCUGAUGCUGCUGAAGGUGGCCCUGCUCCUGGGCAUCGAGAUCCACGUCAACGCGGAGUUCAAGGGUCUCAUCGAGCCCCCCGAGGACCAGGAGAACGAGAGGAUAGGGUGGAGGGCUGAGGUCCUCCCCAGGACACACCCAGUCAACGAGUUGGAGUUUGAUGUCAUCAUUGGUGCAGAUGGGAGGAGAAACACGCUGGCAGGGUUCAGGAGGAAGGAGUUCCGGGGCAAGCUGGCCAUCGCCAUUACAGCCAACUUCAUCAACAGGAACACCACAGCCGAGGCCAAGGUGGAGGAGAUCAGCGGAGUGGCCUUCAUCUUCAAUCAGAAGUUCUUCCAGGACCUCCGGGAAGCCACGGGAAUUGACCUGGAAAACAUUGUCUACUACAAGGAUGACACACACUACUUUGUCAUGACUGCCAAGAAACAGAGCCUGCUGGAGAAGGGAGUCAUUCUGCAUGAUUAUGCGGACACAGAGAUGCUGCUUUCCAGGGCUAACGUGGACCAGGCAGCUCUGCUAUCUUACGCCCGCGAGGCCGCAGACUUCUCCACCAACCACCAGCUGCCCACGCUGGACUUUGCCAUCAACCACUACGGCCAGCCCGACGUGGCCAUGUUCGACUUCACCUGCAUGUACGCCUCAGAGAACGCGGCGCUGGUACGCCAACGCAACGGGCGCCAGCUACUGGUGUCUCUGGUGGGGGACAGUCUACUGGAGCCCUUCUGGCCCAUGGGCACUGGUAUAGCCCGGGGUUUCCUGGCAGCCAUGGACUCCGGCUGGAUGGUGAAGAGCUGGGCCCAGGGAAACACAUCUCUGGACGUGCUGGCUGAGAGGGAGAGCAUAUAUCGCUUGCUGCCUCAGACAACGCCAGAGAACAUCAAUAAGAAUUUCAGUCACUACAGUGUGGACCCCACCACGCGCUACCCUAAUAUUAGUCUCCACUUCCUCAGGCCCAACCAGGUACGACACCUCAUAGACACAGGGGAUUCAAGUAGGGAAAUGCUUAUUGAAAUGGAGAAUGUAGUCAACUCGUCAACACCCAAGCUCACCCGAAAUGAAUCCAUAGCUCGCUCCAGCAAGCUGCUAAACUGGUGUCAGAGGCAGACGGAGGGCUACAGAAAAGUCAGUGUGACUGAUCUCACCAUGUCCUGGAAGAGUGGCAUGGCCCUGUGUGCCCUCAUCCACCGCUACAGACCUGACCUCAUUGACUUUGACUCCCUGGAUGAGCGGGACCAGCAGAAGAACAAUCAGCUGGGCUUUGACGUGGCCGAGAGGGAGUUUGGCAUCUCACCUUGCAUGACAGGCAAGGAGAUGUCCCAGGUGGCGGAGCCUGAUAAGCUCUCCAUGGUCAUGUACCUCAGCCAGUUCUACGAGAUGUUCAAGGACACAGUGCCCCCUGGGGCCGGAGGGGACCAGAACAUGAGCCCUGAGGAGAAGGCUGCGUUGAUCAACAGUACAAAGUCCCCCAUCUCCUUCCUCAGCAAGCUGGGCCAGAGCAUCGCUAUCUCACGGAAGCGUAACCCCAAGGACAAAAAGGAGAAGGAGGUGGAUGGUUUGGGGAAGAGGAGGAAGACCAGUCAGGCUGACCACUCUGAAGACGAAGAGGUUUUGAGGGGUAACCGUGACGACAAGCCAUCUAACAGUACUGCUCUGACAGAAAGGAAGAUGAAGGAAGAGUCAGCAGCUCUAGGGAACCACAACAAAGUCAAGUCCAUGGCCACCCAGCUCCUCGCCAAGUUUGAGGAGAACGCCCCCGUCGAAUCCAAGGGCCUCAAAAGACAGGGGGAUUCUCUGCCCAGUUUGGGUGUCGUCCUGGCGCUGCCCCCUCCCCCUGCCUCCCUGGGCCCCCCCAGGGAGCCUGUCCGCCUAGCUCCGGUCCCUGCAUGGAGACAGCCAAGAAGCGGUACAGAGUGGUGUUCGGGCUCACGGAGCUGCCCUAAGAAAACCAUUCUACUUUCCUCCACCUCCUCGCUCUCUCUUCACUCACAGCACUGUGAUAGAGAAGGUUUGGAGGAGGAAGGGACCACACAGGACCAGACACCUCAGGCUCACCGGAAAUGGGAAUCCGUGCAGCUUGAGGAACCAGAGCCUAUUCACAUCCCUAGCAUCCAGGAGAGGUCUGCGUGGCUAGUCGCUAAGUUUAAGGGUAAACCCGAGAAACUAAAGCGUAAGAAAAAGCCCUCGUGUUUCUUUAUAGAACCGUGGCACCUGUCAGCCAGAACCCUCAGCCAGAACACACAAAGCCUCCUCUCCCCCCCUGAAGCUCUUGGACAGAGCUAUUUAAAGAUGUACACAGGGGAAGUGAGCUUAUUGGCUGAGCAGAUAGCCAAUCAGCUUCAGCCUCAAGAGGAACCUAAGCCCUUACUUGACAAAAGGGAGUUGAGUUCCCUGAGGAAGGAGUUCCCCCAGAACAUCGGGGGCAGUGAUGUGUGCUUCUUCUGCCGGAAGCGUGUGUACGUGAUGGAGCGGCUGAGUGCCGAGGGCAAGUUCUUCCACCGCAGCUGCUUCAAGUGUGACUACUGCGGCACCACACUACGACUUUCGUCCUACGCCUUCGAUGUGGAGGACGGGAAGUUUUACUGCAAGCCCCACUACUGUUACCGCUCGUCUGGUCAGGCUCAGAGGAAGAGGCCGGCACAGACCCCUGCUCUGCUCAAUGCUAAGGACAACCAGGCUUCCUUGCCCACGGCGGUCACUGUGGACUCCCCUGGGAGGGGGGCGAUGGCAUCCCCUUCCCCCACCGAGCGCCGGUCCUCAGUCCCGGAGGUGAACGGGCUGCAGGAGCCCAGCCUGGCUAAGCGUCUGCGGGGCACGCCGGAGCGCAUCGAGCUGGAGAACUACCGUCUGUCUCUGCAGCGGGAGGAGGACCUAGAGGAGGUGCCAGAGGAGACGCUGGCCGAACACAACCUAAGCAGUGUGUUGGACAAGGACGCGCACGCAGACCUGGGCUCCAGCAGCUCUGAGUCUGACAUGGAGGAGGAGGACCAGGAUGAAGAGGAGCAACAUGAGGAGGAGCAGCAGGAGCCCCCCAGCCCCUCAGACCUGGGAGGAGUACCCUGGAAGGAGGCUGUGGAGCUCCAUGCCAAGCUGAAGACUGACAGCGACCCAGGGGCUGAGGGAGAGGACGGUGAGGGAGAGGACGGUGAGGGAGAGGACGGUGAGGGAGAGGACGGUGAGGGAGAGGACGGUGAGGGAGAGGACGAGACACAUGGUCACAUCGCUAGGGAUCUAGAAGUGGAGGAGGAGGAAGAUGACGAAGAAGAGGAGGACGAUGAGGCGGAAUCGACUGAUGAGGGGGAGUACUGCCCGUGGGAGCAGGAGCUCCAGUCAGGCAUAUGGCUGGAGAACCUCCAAGACGAAGAGGAUACCUGUAGAUUUAAAGCCAGAAACCUGCAGAUCCAGCAGGUGCUGCAGCCUGUGGAUCCGACGGGCAUUAAGAAUCUCAGACGAGUCUCCGCACUGUCAGAGGGGGACAAGGAGGAGCCUCCUGCCUCGGCCUCCCAGCCAUCCACCACGCUCACCCAGUCCCCCUCCACAGCCCCCGCCCACACAUCCACUCGUCAUGAGGCUGUGCGAGUCUGGUUGGAGUCGGUGUCCGGAGAGCCCUGUGAGGAUGACGACCCGGAAGCAGAAGUGGGCAGCCAUGAUUUUGAGCCAGGCACCGAGAUGGACCAGGAGGACAUUCCCUCUGACGCGGAGGCGGAGGCUCGUCUGCACCAGUCAGAGUUCAGUGAUGCGCUUCCUGAAGAGGACAAGAAGUCGCAGAGUCAGGGGAUCACCUAUAGCAUUGAACAACCUAGUGUCAGUCCAGUGAAGUUAGUUGCGGAAGUUGUGCUCUCGCCAGUCAAACCAUCGACUCCACAGCCUGAUUUACAAAUGUCUCACACGUCUCCUCCCUACCUGGUCAAAUCACCCGGAAUGCGCUUUUUCCCAGAUCCCUUGGCAUUGGAGAACGUCACAAUACCCCAGAGGACAGUUCAGACUCCCAACACCAAGAGCCCCCAAUACGCUACCCCUGCCCUAUCCCCCAUUCACUCCCCUGUUCAAUCCCCUAUUCGCUCCCAGCCUAUCCCACUGCCUGAGACGGUCACCCCAAAAUCCCCUGUCAACUCUCCACCCUGCUCCUGCCCCCCGACAGGGAACCCGCUGUCUCCCAUCUGUGCCCAGCCGCUGCCCUGCCACGAGCCCUCCUCACCCCUCACCUCUGACUCCCCUGUCAGAACUCAGCCUGUCCCUGCCAUCACCUCCACUCCGCUGGCCAAACCAGCCUCCUCUGACAGGACUACCCCCGAGCCUCAAAAAUCUCUGGACCUCACAGACGAAACCCUGGUGAAGAAGACGGACAUCAUCGAGGAGUUCUGGCUGAAGAGUGCCGAGAUUAGGAAGAGCCUGGGUCUCACCCCACUGGACCGUAGCAGCAGCAGCAAAGCCCCAGAGAAGGGUCAUGUUACUGUGGGUAAGGUGCCCACUCCGGACUCCCCCUCGACCAAGUCCUAUACCUCAGAGGAUCUCUCAGAGGAGCUUAGGCCUUCCCCUUCUCCCUUCACCGGUCGCUCGGUCAUUCGCAGGCUGAACAUUACAGUGGAGGGCCAGGUCAUCUCCCCUGCGGAGCCCAAGAGCAUUGGCUCAGGACGGAGGGACCUCAGCAGCAGCUCCGGCCUAGGCCUCAACGGCAGCAUGGCCACCAACCAGACCAGCCAGGCGGCCAGUGACAGCUACCACACUUCCGACUCCACCAUGCUCACCCCACCAUCCAGCCCCCCGCCGCCCCCGCCCAACGAGGAGCCAGCUACUCUCAGGCAGCAGCAGAAGCACCAGGUGUCCUGGGACAAUGGGAUCGAUGGCCCCACUACACCUGAGCCAGCCAAGAAGCCAGCCAAGGCCGCACUCACCAAGACCAACAGCCCUGUGCCUGCACCAAGGACCCAACUCAGCCCUGUGUCUAUGCCAGUAUCUGCGCCCAAGCCUGCCCCCAGGACUACACCGGUCACCUCGCCAGUCACCUCGCCGGUCACAGCUCCGGUCACUCCGUUGGUGGUCAUGAGACGGGAGAAGAGCAGCAAACCACGUCGGGAGGAGGUGAGGAAGUCAUUCGUGGAGUGUGUGGCGGAGAUCCCGUUUGCGGACGAUGUGGAGGACACGUACGACGAGCGGACGCCGGACACAACCAUGGACAGGUUCUACACUCUGCCCAGCAGCAAGCCCAACAGGGAGAGGGAGAAGCGUCCCCUGCACCUGGCCCUGGCCAUGGAAAACGGAAAGCCCAUUUUCCCUGUGAACCAGCAGGCCUCGAAGAGCCAGAAGGCCCAGCAGUUCUCCCCGGAGGCCAAGGAAAUAGCAGAGGAACGGAUGAGAGCCAGAGAGAAGUCCAUCAAGAGCCAAGCUCUGAAGGAAGCCAUGGCCAAGCAGCUCAACAAGAUGAAAGAGACGGACACUGCCAAGGGCGCCGCCGCCACGGCUAAAGUGGUGUGGAACGUGGCCUCAUCAGAGACUUCCGGGAAAAGUACUAAGAAGUCAUCCGGUUCUCCAAAGACGUAUGCAGUGAAAUCUCUUGAGUCGAAGAAGGCUGAGACUCUAUCAGAGCGUUUCUUUAGCAGUCAGGGUAACAAGAGUCUGGACAGCUCGACCGUCUCCUCCGACGGCUCCGCCUCGGGGGGCAAGAGCAAGAAGCGCGGCUCGCUUUUCUCACCGCGCAAGAACAAGAAGGAGAAGAAAGCCAAGAAUGAAAGCCAGCUCUCGGUCAAGCACGGCACAGACGAGACGCCGUCGCCGCCCAAACACAAGUCCCUGUGGAAGGCUGUGUUCUCGGGGUACAAGAAAGACAAGAAGAAGAAUAAGGACGACAAGUCAUGUCCCAGCACGCCAUCCAGCUCCAACACCAACGACUCCGGGAAGAAGCGAUUGUCGCCUCUCGGCAGGUCGUCAGAUUUGAAGUCGCGCAGAAACCUGAGCUUCUCUGAGGACUCGGAUCUGUCAUGUGAUGAUGUGCUGGAGAGGUCUUCUCAGAAGUCUAGGACAGACUCUGUUUAUGUCCCUCACGCAUUGGCGUUCAAGAGAGCGUACGCCACCAAGAAAACCUACACAGAGGAGGAGCUCAAUGCCAAGCUGACACGUAGGGUACAGAAAGCUGCCCGGCGACAGGCCAAGCAGGAGGAGCUGAAGAGACUGCACAGAGCCCAGACCAUCCAGAGGCAGUUGGAGCAGGUGGAGGAGAAACAGAGACAGCUGGAGGAGAGGGGUGUGGCCGUGGAGAAAGCCCUGCGAGGGGAAGCAGGAUUGUAUAAAGGGACUUAUUGUACUAUACCAAAACAACACAAAAGACGAUCAGACUAUUGGGGAGAGUCUAAUUACAGUGAAAUCCUGGACUUGCAUCUGGGCGUUGAGCCUUUUGUCGGGACCCCUCGCCGAAGACCUAUCUCCUUCUGCCCCUGCUGUUCCCCUGAAGGGAUGGGGAAAAAGGACGACCCCAAGCUCAUGCAGGAGUGGUUCAAACUGGUCCAGGAGAAAAACGCCCUGGUGCGAUACGAAUCUGAGCUGAUGAUAUUUGCACGAGAAUUGGAGCUGGAGGAUCGUCAGAGUCGACUGCAGCAGGACCUGAGGGAGCGCAUGGCAAUUGAAGACCACCUGAAGACAGAGGUGGAGCUGGCGCAGGAGAAGCAUAUCCUGAAUGAGAUGCUGGAGGUGGUGGAGCAGAGAGACUCCCUGGUAGCCCUCCUGGAGGAGCAGAGGCUCAGGGAGAAGGAGGAAGAUAAGGACCUGGAGUCUGUCAUGCUCUCAAAGGGUUUCAACCUCAACUGGGCCUGAAACUAGACGCACCAUCCACCCCCACUCAGAUAAUACACUACCCCUCCCCUGUGUCAGGGCUCAGUGAAGACCUAAAUCACGGUUCCAUGCGUACAGAACGGAGUUGUUCUUUCACGGCCCUUCUGUUGGCGAAUGUGCGCAGAGUUGUCCUAUCAUGGCUCCGCUGUUGGAGCAGUCUAAAAUGUUUACAUAUCUACUCUGCCACCAGGCAGGCAUCAUUACCUAGUGAUAUCUCACCUCACGGUGGGAGGAGCAACUACAGCCUGGACUUUCUCAGAACCUCAGAAGGUCUUUCGACGUGAUUCUCCAGAACGGGGAACUUACCUCCUCUAGGAAGAAUUUUAUUUUUUAUUUCUUUUAAUCUCGAUCACACAAAGGGAAGAAAGAGGUUUGGUCCUGCUGAUGUAAAGGAAUUCAAAAUAUGAUACCGGUUUCUGUGUAUUGAAUGUGCAUAACACAACACAUUAAAGAAGCUGUGGUUUUAGAUGAGGGUAGGCCCUUGAUCUAUCGAUUGUUAAGAGUUUCUGUAGAAAGGGGAGGAGUGGACCGAAGACUGGUCUCUCUCAUCCUAACCUCAUGACAUCCUCUGCCAUUGUGAAUGCUGACUGAGGGAGGGACAUCCUCUGCAUUAGCUGGCUUUCUCUCCAAUUACACAGUGGCUUCCAUGUUCUGAGGAGCCAAUGAGGAUCACACUCUAAAAGGCCUGUCAUUUCUUUGCACAGAGAUUCACACUAAGAGUCAACGAUAAGGAUCAUUGGAAUCUGGUCACUUAGUCGUUUUCAAUUGUGUAUUUAUUAGCGUUGUUUUUACAAAGAACCCAAAUGAACUGUUUUUGGUAUUUUCGUUCAUGGAUGAGAGUGCCUGAACUGGUGGCUCAACAGAAUGCACUUGUGCUCUCUUUAUGACAUUGACAGCAAGGAAACUAACGGAAAACUCCAUCACCCAGAAGCCAGUGCGUGUCAGGACUGUAUGCUGCUGCAGACUCAUAUAGAAGCAUAUCAUGUGUUACAAAGUGCACGUUUUGUCAUUGCAGCCGACUUUAAAGGCGAGUCGGACUGACUGAUCUACAAAUCACCUUGCAUCCUAAAUAACUACUCAAUAUUAUUUGUAGCUCAGUCAGUCACUAUUUACCCAUGAUACAUCACGGUUUUGAUGCUCUAACCUGUAGCAUAGAUUAAUUGACACAUGCACACUUCAGCAAGGAACCCACUUGACACAUCUCUUAGGCUCCUAGUUCUGAGUGAUAAUGUGUCCUUCUCCAUAUGAUGCCUUUCCCUGUAUAUCACAUAAAAAUGUCAGUUUAUAUAAUCAGUUGCCCUUAUUCAAUACUAAUUGGCAUAUACUGUACCGUGAAAUAUCCUCAGUGUAGAUGAAAUGUUAAAAAGAGAAAGACAUAGCAGUCGAGUUAGUUUGAUCUCAGAAGAGGCAGUGUCUUAUUGGACUUACACAGUAUAUCAGUGCAUCGUGUUAUCAUCAUAAUACCAGAAGUGAACUGACACGUCACUAACUGGUGUCACAGUACAGUUGUGUCAGUGAAUAUUUUGCUAUAUCAAAGGGGAUAAACCACAGAACUCAAACACAGCCUCUGGCUUCGCUAUCCGACCUGCUUUGGAGCAAAAUGCCUUUUUCAUUUGUUUUAAUAUUUUACAGUUUUCUUUUGAGUUUCAAACUUGUAUGUAUCCCACCAGGGUACAUUUAACUUUUUUGUUAAUCCUUUUUAUACAACUACAGGUCGCCAAACAGCAGUCAUGAGUAGAAGUGGAGACACGAGGCUGCUCUACUGCUCGAAGUAAACCGCUUCUAUUCAGUCACAGGAGCAUGUACAUUUGUUUGUCAUACGAACCUACUGGCCUUUCUGCCAAACUGUAAACCUUUGGUUGGUCACCGUUUGUUGUUGUUGCUGUAUAGAGUUACACACCGUGAGAAUAUGUGUAAGAAUUAAACAGAGCUGUGAAUACAUAAAAAAAGUUACAUUUCAAGGCUUGGUGUUUUAGAUGGUGUGAUACGUUUGACAGAUUGUAUUGAUAUUUAUUAACAUGUGUGCAAAAAUGUAUCAUAUGUAAAGAAAAAUGAAUCCUAAUUUUUAAAACACAUGGCAGAUAUGUAAAUGCUUAUUCAUGUAGCGAAAAUGCAUAGAGUGUUGGAUGUAUGCUGAAACGGCAAUAAAACCAUGCAGUUAUUUUAAAAAGUA